AAUUUAAAACGUCAAUUCCGACAAUCGAAUGAAUUUCCUGUACAAGUACAAUCGUACAGAAUCGAUCAGUCGACCACAAGAUUUUGCAAUGGCGGAUGUAGUAGACGAGGUGAUUAUGGACUCUGAUGAAAAUGAGGAAAUACUAUCAAAAAGCCCAGAAGAGAUGGCUGAACUCAAAAAGGAAAACGGUAACCAGUUAUACAAAACCAAACAGUACAGAUCUGCACUCCCUCUCUAUAGCGAAGCCAUCAAUCUUUGUCCAAAUGUAGCCCCUUAUUAUGGAAAUAGAGCUGCCUGCUACAUGAUGCUUUACAGGUUUACAGAAGCUUUGGAAGAUGUCAGGAAAAGUGUGCAGCUGGAUCCAGAAUUCGUUAAAGGAUACAUCAGAAUGUUAAAGUGUGCUAUAGCAAUGGGUGACACCACUACAGCUGAUUUUGCCAUUAAGAAGCUUCAGGACUUGAAAGUUGACCAACAAACAUUUGCAAAUGAAUUAAAAUCGGUUCAGCAAUUGAAGCAGUACGAGUCAGAUGGAACCAAAGCGUACGAUAAAAAAGAUUAUCGUUUGGUUGUUUUCUGUAUGGACAGAUGUCUCGAUAAUGCCCCUACUUGCUACCGAUACAAAAUUGCCAAAGCAGAAUGCCUCACAUAUCUCGGCCGUUACCAAGAAGCUCAGGAAAUUGCCAAUAGUAUUCUAAACAUCGACAAAGGAAACGCUGAUGCCAUCUACGUAAGAGGAAUGUGUCUCUUCUAUGACGACAAUUUGGACAGUGCAUUCCAACAUUUUCAACAAGUGUUACGAUUGGCUCCGGACCACACUAAAGCUAUGAAUAUUUACAAGAGAGCAAGGUUAUUGAAAAAGAUGAAAGAAGACGGCAACGAGGCAUAUAAGACUGGCAAAUUUCAGGAAGCUUACAAUCUCUACACAGAAGCACUGCAAGUGGAUCCUUUCAAUAAAAAAACCAACGCAAAAUUGUACUUCAAUCGUGCCACAGUUCUAGCCAGACUAACUAAGACUCGUGAAGCUAUAGAAGACUGUACGGCUGCCCUGCAAUUAGAUGACACUUACCUUAAAGCACUCAUGAGACGAGCCAAAUGUUAUAUGGAUCUUGGGGAGUUUGAAUAUGCUGUGAAAGAUUAUGAAAAAAUUUGCAAAAUAGAUAAGAGCAGAGAGAAUAAAAAAUUACUUCAAGACGCCAAAUUAGCACUGAAAAAAUCAAAGAGGAAAGACUACUAUAAAAUACUCGGUGUGGAACGAACCGCAGGUGAAGAUGAAAUCAAAAGAGCAUAUAAGAAAAGAGCGCUCAUCCAUCAUCCUGACAGACACGCCAACGCUACUGAAGAUGAAAAGAAGGAACAAGAAAAGAAAUUCAAGGAAGUUGGUGAGGCGUACGGUAUACUUUCAGAUCCCAAAAAGAAAGCAAGAUAUGAUAGCGGUCAAGAUAUGGAUGAUUUCGAUGGAGGUAUGUCAGAUAUAGAUCCUACUCAAGUAUUCCAAACCUUCUUCGGAGGAGGUGGAGGAGGCCAUCACCAUGGCGGAGCUCAGGAGUUCUCCUUCGGCAAUUUCCCUGGCUCGUUCACCUUCCAGUUCGGUUAAACCAUCUGCAACUCGGACGUACCUCGUACAUUCCAGUGGUUGUAGAGAUUUUAAUUCUCUUUUUGUGUUAUUGAAUUUUCUUUUCUCUGAUUCGUGUUAGUAUUUAUUUUAAUUUUAAAGUUUUUUAUGGAAAUUUUAAGAUUUUCAACAGUAAGGGUGCAAAGAGUUAAGCCAGUUAACCCAUCGAAGGAAGCGUGCGAAAAAGUAUACAACGUUUUACCAUUUAAAGUGUGGUACUUUAUCCGAUAAAAAGUGUCCCAGUUAAUACGAGUAUAUCCUAACAAAAGGUGCGAAAUAGUGAAGAGGCAAGUUAUCAAACUCGUAAAACAUAGAAUGUAUAAAUUGGAAAGGACAAUUUGGAAAAAUAAGUCUGCAUUAAAACGAUCAUUUUUUAUUGAAAACAUUUUUUUUGUAAACUUUGUAGUUUUUUUUGUCUUCUAUGAAUUAGAACUUUUGUUGUAAUAUUAUAUUUUUAUCUUAUUUUUUUCUUAUCUUAUUUUUAUCUUAUUUUUAUAUUAUGUAUUUCUUUAUUUUGGAAAUUUUUAUAAUUAAAUGAGAGUAUAAGCUUCCACGACAAGAGCCUAGUUUCAAUAAGUCGUCUUUCGAUAAAUAUAUUUAUUUGUAUUGUAAAAUGUAUUGCCUGUUAAUAUUUAAUAAAUCGUUACAUAUGCAUUCAAUGUCCUUUGACAUUGUCCCAACACGUUGAACGCCGCGCGAAUCAUAUAUGAUUCACGCUUAUUUUACUUACAAGGCUGCGCGAAUCACAAUUGCUUCGCAGUGACUGUUAUACCGUCAGGACCACGUCUCAGUCGGCCCAGAAAAUCUUUAAUAUUAUAUACAUUUCGGCGUUUAACGUAUCAAAAUAUAUUACGGUAUAUGGUAUUCUUUACUUGAGCGCCUUUUCUGGUUGAUGCAGUUUUUAGCAAAAAUGCUACCUUUGAGGACUUUGAGGGCUAGUUUACUUUUUGCUAUUCGUAUGGAUAGAAAUUUGAGAAAAGGGGGAAGGCGAUUUAUUGAAUAUCUAUCAUUCGUUUGUUUUUUGGAAUGUACUUGAACUUAUAUUUUCAUGUAUUGAAUUUUGUGGUAUAGUUUUACUUCAAACAACUUUUAGUAAUUUAGAUCAGAAAAAGAAUAAAAGUAGAGACAAAUACUGAUGUCAUAUUAUCUUUUAAAUGAUCACAACUGUUCUUUAUUUAAAUUACCAAUAUUGGUACAUGGCUUUUUAGACUGAUUUUUUUAUCUUUCAUAUUUCGUCACUAUUAAAUAUUAUAAAAGUUCCGCAAUUGCUAUCUUAUUACACAGUAGAAACCGAAGUGAUUUGAAGCAAGUAUGCUACUUCCACAACAAAUACUCAUUGAUUUUGGUCAAAGACAUUUGUAUAGAAAAACUGUCGUUCAAAUAUAUUUCCUAAAGUCCAAGGUAAAUUCUAAUUUUCGUGUUUCUUAUUCAUCUAAAUUGGACAUCCGAGUGUUGUCUUUUUGUUUUCCAUAUAACCAUAAAAACAAAAAAUAUAUAGACUUGAAAGUACUUUAUUGCUUUUCAAAAUAUUUCACACCAAGAUCGAUACAAUUUUGCAUACGUUUAAGUUAUUCCAGUCUUCAGUUGACACCUGCAAAAUCGCUGUUUUAAAGACAUCGAUGGCUUCCUUUGGUAACUGGGAUACUGUUCACGCAUUGAAUUCUUGAUCUUUGGGCACGUGAAGAAGUUGUAGGGACUUAAAUCGGGGCUAUACGGUGGUAACUAUUUUAAACUGUUUAACAAUUCGAUGUUUGAAGCUCAAAACUCUAUAUUGUCUUCUGGGCAGUGUCAGCACUUGCAUUGUCCUGAUGUAGGAUGAUUCGCCGUUGUGUGUUGCUUUGUUGGAAUUUCGCGAUAACUUCUGGUAAACAAACGGUUAUAUACCAGUAAGAAGUAACCGUUUUUCGACCUUCUAAAGCAAUUUUUACCACAGGACCAGAUUUUGACACAAAAGUUGCGACCAUUUUCUUUCGACUCAAUUCGAGAACAGAUCACUUUUGUUGGUUUUUCCUCGUGAAACACCUACACAGCGGAUUGGCGUUUAUUUUCCGGUUCGUAGGAAUAAACCUAAGAUUUAUCGCCACUAACCAUACUAGAAACGUUUUUUGAGCUUCUUUCGUUGACUCGUUCCAUUUUUUUUUUACAUCAAUUCACACGAACCGCUUUUUGCUCUUCUGUGAGUAAAUGAGGGAUCCAACUGAAAACCAACUUCGUAACACCCAGUUGUAGAAUCUUUUGAAUCGAGGUCUUUGAAAUGCUCAAAGAUGCCUCUAUCUCCCGGUAUAUUACACGGCGGUCAUCCUUAAUCAGCCGACGAACCCCAUCAACGUUUUUCUGUGUGACUACUUUUUCGAAUAGACCAGAUCUGGAUUCGUCGCCGAGACUGAAGCAACCACGUUGAAAUUAGCAAUACCAGCAGUAAAUAGUUGACCGGUGUGAUGCUUCAUUCCCAAACACAGAAACCAUUUCAGCGAGACAUUGCUGUUGGGAUAAUCCUCUGCAAAAAUUGUAAAAAAUUAUUGCUCGAAAAUGUUCUCGAUUAAGAUCCAUUUUUCGACCGACUGGCUAACUUCAAAAAAUUCACUGUAUCUACGCAACUUGUUUUAUCGCAAUAAAACUCUGGGUUUGUGUCAACAAAAGAUUGAGGUUACAUUUGUGUCGAAAGGUUUUAUUGGUACUGAGCUGUUAUAAGCAAAACUAAAAAGACAAACCUCGUAUUGCAUGUACUUACAACAUUCAAGUUCUCGUUAGUCGAUAACAUCAGAUCUACCGCAUUCUAGUGCUAGACAAUUGAUAUUCUCUAAUACAAAUAAUAAAAUGGAAAUUGAGAUUAUGGGAGUAUUUGUUGUAUUAAGUAGACUGUAAGAAAUAUUUGCUUGCUUUUUAAAAACUGUAGAUUACAUUAAUAGCUUAGACACCUUUUACAUAAUACGUAUUCAAGAUCUCAAUCUCUAGCUUGCAGUUUAAUAUCUCUAGCUCGCAUCCAUUUAAACCAGUUAAAAAUUGACAGUGCAAAUGAUAGGUGUCACAUAAGAAAAUGUAUCUAACCUUGUUUUAAGAACGUCAUUAUAAACAAGCUCUUUCGUUGCGUUUUCCUAGAUUUAGGACACUGCACAACGUUUUGUUGUACAAAACUUGUAUAUUUUAAAUAAGAAAUUACCUUAAUAAAAUAAAAAUUUAUAAA